AUGGUGCGGUUCAAACACAGGUACCUGCUCUGCGAAGUGGUGUCUGACGACCCCCGCUGCCGCCUGAGCCUGGAUGACCGCGUGCUGGGCGGCCUCGUGCGGGACACGGUCGCCCGCCUGCACGGGACCUUCGGUGGCGCCGCCUGCUCCAUCGGCUUCGCGGUGCGAUACCUCAACGCAUAUACUGGAAUAGUGCUACUACGAUGCCGAAAGGAGUUCUACCAGCUUGUGUGGUCGGCUCUUCCCUUCAUCACACACUUGGAGAACAAAGGACACCGUUACCCGUGUUUUCUCAACACCUUGCACGUGGGAGGUACCAUUAGAACAUGCCAGAAGUUCCUGAUUCAGUACAACCGGAGACAGCUGCUGAUCUUGUUGCAGAACUGCACUGAUGAAGGGGAGCGGGAAGCCAUCCAGAAGUCUGUCACAAGAAGCUGCUUGCUGGAGGAGGAACCGGGCGAGGAGGAGCUUUCCGAUGGCAGCGAGGAGGCUGCUGAAGCAAUGGAGUGA